CCACAGAAUAAGAGCAGAGGAGGUGGAGAUUGUAGAGCCAGCCACUGCCAGCCGAGCCGGGUUUCCUUUGCAACUUAUCUGGUACACAAAACUAAACCUUAUUAAUUCAUCCAUCCAUGGCUGGUGAUGAUGAAUAAUAUGCAAUCUCCCAUGGCUUCCAUACCCAAACCACCCCCAAUAGCUGACCUUUACAGACAUUCUUUCUCUUCUCUCCACUGUCUCGUCACUUUAUCAUUUCCUUUUCGCUCAACUACGUAUCUUCCUCACCAUCGUUUAUGCGCCAUUCAGACUGGCGCAGACGGUGGUCGUAGCAGAAUCGAAAGGCAACAAGUGUUCGGCCCAGAUUUACUGAGGAAGCCGGCCGUGUCUCCGAUAAAGGACUUGUCGGAGGAGGAGGAGGAGGAAGAGGAAAAUGAGCGGAAGAGGGUUUAUGAGGACGACGAAGAUGAGGAAAAGUGGGUGGAUUGGGAGGACAAGAUUUUGGAGGACACUGUUCCUCUGGUUGGAUUUGUUAGGAUGCUUAUUCAUUCUGGAAGAUAUCAAAGCGGAGAUAGGUUAAGUCCUGAGCACGAGAAAAUCGUUAUUGAGAAGUUGCUUCCCUUCCAUCCAGAGUGUGAGAAGAAGAUUGGAUGUGGAAUCGAUUAUAUUACGGUUGGUUAUCAUCCUGAUUUUGAAAGAUCACGAUGUUUGUUCAUAGUUCAAAAGGACGGAAGCUUGGUUGACUUUUCAUAUUGGAAAUGUAUCAAGGGCCUGAUUAGGAAGAACUAUCCUUUAUACGCCGAUAGCUUCAUUCUCAGACAUUUCCGACAACGGCAUAAGCGUGGAUUAUGAAGUUCAAAUAAUCAUCGUCCCUGUUAAUUAUGCAUGCACUCUUGAAUGAGAAAAGGUAAAAGGAAAAGAAAAAAAAAUAGAAAAAUUCUUCCUGCUAUAUCUCAUUCUUUUAGCGCAUGGAAUUAGAAAGUAGACUCUACUUAUAUAUAUAUAUAUUUAUUCAUUAGAAGUUUUGUUGACAUGGUUAUUCUCUUCAAUAGAUAUUACAAUUUCGUGCUAUUCUUCCCAUUAUGAAUAUAUGAUUGUUUGCCAGAAUGUUUGGCUCUCCAAA